GGAGUGUUAUACAGAGAGUCAACCUGGAAGGGAAUUCUAAGCGAGAAGUUACGAAGAAUAUAGCCUCCGACAACACGAUUGCUCGAUUUUUAGCCACCGUGUUGGACGCACCGCAUUCAGAGACGCAGACCCGGCACAUUUAUCAAGCCCGGGGUCCGACAUCGCCACUCAGAUUCCCUCCCUCGCCAUGGCAGGAGCCGGUGGCGGGAACAACGACUUGCAGUGGUGUUUCUCGCAGGUGAAAGGAGCGAUUGAUGAUGACGUAGCUGAAGCGGACAUCAUCUCUACCGUGGAGUUUAACCACUCAGGGGAGCUGCUAGCCACAGGGGACAAAGGCGGUCGUGUUGUCAUCUUCCAACAGGAAACAGAGAACAAGAGUCAGCCGCAGAGUCGGGGCGAGUACAAUGUUUACAGCACCUUUCAGAGCCAUGAGCCGGAGUUCGACUACCUGAAGAGCUUGGAGAUCGAAGAGAAGAUCAACAAAAUCCGCUGGCUGCCGCAGAAGAACGCUGCCCAGUUCUUAUUAUCCACGAACGAUAAGACUAUAAAGCUGUGGAAGAUCAGCGAACGAGAUAAGAGACCAGAGGGAUAUAAUCUUAAAGAGGAAGAUGGACGUUACAGGGACUCCACCACCAUCACAACUCUACGGGUACCAGUAUUCAGACCAAUGGACCUCAUGGUGGAGGCCAGCCCCCGCAGGGUGUUUGCCAACGCACACACGUACCACAUCAACUCCAUUUCCGUUAACAGCGACAACGAGACCUACCUGUCCGCAGACGACCUGCGCGUCAACCUGUGGCACCUGGAGAUCACAGACCGCAGCUUCAACAUCGUGGACAUAAAGCCAGCCAACAUGGAGGAGCUGACGGAGGUGAUCACUGCAGCCGAGUUCCACCCUGACCAGUGCAACACGUUUGUGUACAGCAGCAGUAAGGGCACCAUCCGCCUCUGUGACAUGAGAGCCUCAGCCCUGUGUGACAAGCACUCCAAACUGUUCGAGGAGCCCGAGGACCCGAGUAACCGCUCCUUUUUCUCCGAGAUCAUCUCCUCCAUCUCCGACGUCAAAUUCAGCCACAGCGGACGGUACAUGAUGACCCGGGACUACCUCUCCGUCAAGAUCUGGGAUCUGAACAUGGAGAACCGACCCGUGGAGACGUAUCAGGUCCAUGAGUACCUCAGGAGUAAGCUGUGCUCGCUCUACGAGAACGACUGCAUCUUCGAUAAGUUCGAGUGCUGCUGGAACGGAAACGACAGCGUGGUGAUGACCGGCUCCUACAACAACUUCUUCCGCAUGCUUGACCGCGGCCAGCGGCGGGACGUGACCCUGGAGGCCUCGCGGGAGAACAGCAAGCCCCGCCAGGUGCUCAAACCCCGCAGGGUCUGCGCCGGCGGCAAACGCAAGAAGGACGAGAUAAGCGUGGACAGCUUGGACUUCAACAAGAAGAUCCUGCACACUGCCUGGCACCCCCAGGAGAACAUCAUCGCCGUGGCAACCACCAACAACCUCUACAUCUUUCAGGAGAAAGUGAACUAGUGACGUUUGGUGUCGUCUUGAGCAGGAGGGAGGGAGGGAGGGAAGGGGAAAGCCCUCUGACCUCUGCGUGGAAGUCGAACUAGCGAAAAUCUCUUUCUCUCUCUCCCUCCCUCUCUCUCUCUCUCUCCCUCUCUCUCUCUGACAAGCACCACCAUUGCAUUGACCCUUGACUUAGCCCAGGACUGGAUGAACCCGGGGGGGGGUCAGGGAGGGACCCUUCCCUGUUGUCAUGGCUACCAGUUCCGAGCCGGUUCUGACUAGCCUGGCAAAACGUGACCCUGCUUUGGCAUCCGUGGCACACUAACCUGCGCCUUGCCCUGGACAUGUUGUGCCAACCCCUGUCUUUUACCCGCCAACCCAGGUGCCCUGGUGCCCUGUUCCCACGGGUCAGCCCCAGGGCAGCGUGGGACGCAGGUUCCAUCAUUAUCAGAUAUCAGUUUUGUUUUUUGUUGUUUUGUUUUUGUUUUGUUUUUUAUUUUGUUGUUAAUUCAAGGUGUCUGUGUAUAAAAAGGAUUCGUACUCAUGGGUGUGUUCCAC